AUGGCCGCUUGCGUGUCACUUUUACCGGCAAGACAUUUAAUUCGUCUAUUUAUUAAAAAGACUGUUUUACCGGAAAAUAAACAGUGGUGUAGAAAGAAGAGCGUCUCAAGAGGGUGCACAUCAAAUGCAGAAAACAGAGCAAACUCCACAACCAUCGGAAACCAGAAUGUUUCGAUCGCCUGGCGUGAAAGGGGACUCCUUGAACACUAUCACAGCCUGCUUGCGGCAGGAACACUACGAGAGGACAACCAGCAAAGAGAUGUGGUUAAGCAAUUAGAUCAGCUGCAAAUAGUAAUGAGGGAAUACUGCAUUAGGCACGUGGCCUUCCAGUCAAAGGUGAGGACUGAUCAUAACACACAGGACCCCGUGUCAAUCACCACAGAACAGGAGCCAAUCGACAGAGAGAAAGAGGUUUUGACAAAAGCUCAGUUCCCAAAAGGCUUUUAUAUUCAUGGCAAAGUCGGCACAGGGAAAACAAUGAUAAUGGACAUGUUCUAUUCACAUGUAGAAAUCUCAAGGAAGACAAGGGUCCAUUUUAAUGGAUUUAUGUUGGACAUACAUAAACGGAUUCAUCACCAGAGACAAAGCCAGCCCAGAAGGACUUUAGGGAACAUGAACAAGUUCUAUGACCCCAUUGCACCUGUUGCUCUGGAAAUCAGCGAAGAGACCUGCCUCUUAUGUUUUGAUGAGUUUCAGGUCACAGACAUCGCAGAUGCCAUGAUUCUGAAAAGGCUCUUUGAAAACUUAUUUCUGAACGGCGUGGUUGUGGUGGCCACCUCCAACAGGCCACCUGAGGAUCUGUAUAAAAAUGGGCUACAGAGGGCCACCUUCCUGCCAUUCAUCGUCCUGCUGAAGGAAUACUGCCAAACUGUUUGCCUGGACACUGGGAUAGACUACCGGACAAGGGAUCUGCCAGCUGCAGGAAAACUUUACUACCUCACAAGUGAAGCUGAUGUGGAGGCAGACAUGGAUAAGCUGUUUGAUGAGCUGGCGCAGAAACAAAACGAUAUUACUCGACCAAGGAUUCUGAAAGUGCAAGGCAGAAAGCUGAGCUUGAGCAAAGCCUGUGGGACCAUAGCAGACUGUACUUUUGAGGAGCUGUGUGACAGACCACUGGGCGCUGCCGACUACUUGGAGCUGUGCAGACAGUUUGACACCAUCUUCAUCCGGGGCAUUCCCCAGCUCACUCUGAAGGAGACGAACCAGACAAGACGCCUCAUCACCCUCAUCGACACCCUCUACGACCACAAGGUGCGCGUGGUGAUUCUGGCACACACCCCGCUGGAUAGGAUGUUCGUUCCUGACCAGCAGAGCGGCGAUGACGAGGCCAGCAGGAUGCUCAUGGACGACCUGGGACUGGCCAGGGAUGCACGGAAGAAGCUGUCCAUCUUCACAGGCGAGGAGGAGAUUUUCGCUUUCCAGAGGACUGUGUCUCGGCUCACGGAGAUGCAGACGGCGCAGUACUGGGCCGAUGGAGACCGGAGCAACCACCUCAGCGGGGGACACACACCCUCCUGACAAACAUCCCCUCUGUGGUGGGAGUGCAGACCAUCAGAAUCAGAGCCAUCCACCUGCAUUCUAAUCUUCAGCCCUCCCUGUAUUAAAACAUGUACUUGGCCAUAUCUGUGGUGUAGUUCUAAUGGUCAAAAUGGCAGAUAUUCCAGGAAUACUGUAAGCAUUUAAUUGGUUUAAACUGACAGAAAUUCAGCUUGGCAGCAUUCCGGUAAAUGUAGAAGUGCCCUACA